AUGGCUCAUGGCGCAAGCACUCGAAGCUCGCUCAUGAGUGCAAGUCAGUCAUUGAUUUCCUCACUUCAGCAACCCCUAUCCCUACCUCCCCCAUUUCUCCGUCCAAUCAAUCCGAUCCGGACCCAUCUCCGCCUCUCCCCGGCGUCCUUCUCGAGCUCUCCCUCUCCGAUUCCGAGCACCUUCUCAGUCCUCUUAUCAACGCAACUGCCUCCGGUAACCUCAAGAUCGUUGAACCUGCUUUAGAUGCUGUCCAGAAACUCAUCGCGCAUGGCUACCUCCGUGGCGAGGCGGAUCCCACCUCCGGCCCAGAUGCCAAGCUUUUGGCGAAACUUGUCGAGGCUGUUUGCAAAUGCCGCCAUCUGGGAGACGAUUCCGUAGAAUUGCUCGUUAUAAAAUCACUGUUAUCGGCUGUCACAUCUGUAUCGCUCAGAAUCCACGGGGAUUCUCUGCUGCAGGUCGUGCGGACUUGCUAUGAUAUAUACUUGGAAAGCAAAAAUGAUGUGAAUCAGACUACUGCCAAAGCUUCGCUGGUCCAAAUGCUAGUGAUUGUGUUCAGGAGAAUGGAGGCGGACUCAUCUACUGUACCACUGCAGCCUAUUGUGGUGGCAGACUUGAUGGAACCACCAGAGAAGGCAGAUGCGGAUGGGUCAAUGACAAUGUUUGUACAAGGAUUUAUAACAAAAGUUAUGUAUGAUAUCGAUGGGGUUCUGAAUUCUGCUACCCCAAAGAGUUCAACCGCUACCGGUGGAGCUCAUGAUGGUGCGUUUGAAACUACUACCUCCACUGUGGAGUCUACCAACCCUGCUGAUCUGUUGGACUCAACAGACAAGGAUAUGCUGGAUGCCAAGUACUGGGAGAUCAGUAUGUAUAAGACAGCUUUAGAGGGGAGGAAAGAGGAGCUCGUGGAUGGUGAGGGAGAGAGAGAUGAAGAUUUGGAAGUGCAAAUUGGGAAUAAGUUGAGACGAGAUGCGUUCCUGGUGUUUAGAGCUUUGUGUAAACUCUCCAUGAAGACUCCUCCAAAGGAGGCAAUGGCAGAUGCACAUUCUAUGAAGGGGAAGAUUGUGGCCUUGGAAUUGCUCAAAAUUUUGUUGGAGAAUGCAGGUGCAGUUUUCAGGACAAGUGAAAGAUUCUUAGGUGCUAUUAAGCAGUAUUUGUGUUUGUCACUACUAAAGAACAGUGGCUCAAGCCUUAUGAUUGUCUUCCAGCUUUCAUGCUCAAUAUUUAUUAGUCUGGUAUCAAGAUUUAGAGCUGGAUUGAAGGCAGAAAUUGGAGUGUUUUUCCCAAUGAUUGUCCUCAGAGUGUUGGAAAAUGUUUCUCAACCUAAUUUUCAUCAGAAAAUGAUAGUACUCCGAUUUCUUGAGAAGUUAUGUGUGGACUCACAAAUUAUGGUGGACAUAUUCCUUAACUAUGACUGUGAUGUCAACUCUUCAAACAUAUUUGAGAGAAUGGUCAAUGGACUUCUUAAAACUGCUCAGGGUGUCCCUCCCGGUACUGCAACAACAUUGUUGCCCCCUCAAGAAGCAGCAAUGAAGUUGGAAGCUAUGAAAUGCUUAGUGGCCAUCUUGAAGUCCAUGGGAGAUUGGAUGAACAAGCAACUGCGAAUUCCAGAUUCUCAUUUUGCCAAGAGAUAUGAGACAGAUGAACAUUAUUUUCAACCUGCUAGUCCUCCCAUGGAAAAUGGAAAUGGGGAUGAGGCUGGUGAAGCAUCAGAUUCAUUUUCUGAAGCCUCUAGUGAAGUUUCUGAUGCUUCAAUAAUUGAGCAGCGCCGUGCUUACAAGCUCGAGCUUCAAGAAGGCAUAUCACUUUUUAAUCGUAAACCAAAGAAAGGCAUUGAAUUCCUGAUAAAUGCCAAUAAAGUUGGGACUUCAGCAGAAGAGAUAGCUGCGUUCCUUAGAAAUUCAUCUGAGUUGAAUAAGACCUUAAUUGGUGAUUAUCUGGGGGAAAGGGAUGACUUGUCUCUGAAAGUAAUGCAUGCUUAUGUGGAUUCCUUUGACUUCCAAGGUAUGGAGUUUGAUGAGGCAAUAAGGGUCUUCCUCCAAGGGUUCAGACUGCCUGGUGAGGCACAGAAGAUAGACCGUAUAAUGGAGAAGUUUUCUGAGCGUUAUUGCAAAUGUAAUCCAAAGGUUUUUACCAGUGCGGACACUGCUUAUGUUCUAGCUUACUCUGUUAUACUGCUUAAUACUGAUGCUCAUAAUCCUAUGGUCAAGAGCAAGAUGUCAGCUGAUGAUUUCAUAAGGAACAACCGUGGGAUUGAUGAUGGAAAGGAUUUGCCAGAGGAGUAUUUGAGGUCUUUGUUUGAGCGUAUAUCAAGAAAUGAGAUUAAAAUGAAAGAAGACGAUUUGGCUGUUCAACAGAGACAGUCGAUGAAUGCCAAUAAAAUCUUAAGCUUAGAUAACAUCCUGAACAUUGUGAUCCGAAAGCGAGAAGGAAAUGCGGAGACCAGUGAUGACCUCAUUAGACACAUGCAAGAGCAAUUUAAAGAAAAAGCUCGAAAAACAGAGUCAGCUUAUUAUGCUGCAACAGAUGUAGUAAUCCUCAGAUUCAUGAUUGAGGUGUGCUGGGCACCUAUGCUGGCUGCUUUCAGUGUCCCUCUUGACCAAAGCGAUGAAGAAGUUGUAGUAUCUCAGUGUUUGGAAGGUUUUCGUUAUGCAAUCCAUGUCACGGCAACGAUGUCCAUGAAAACCCAUCGUGAUGCUUUUGUGACAUCCCUCGCAAAGUUCACUUCACUCCAUUCACCUGCAGAUAUAAAACCGAAAAACAUUGAUGCCAUCAAGGCUAUCCUAAUAAUUGCGGAUGAGGAUGGAAAUUACUUACAGGAGGCAUGGGAGCAUAUCUUGACCUGUGUUUCUCAGUUUGAACAUUUGCAUCUAUUGGGGGAAGGUGCACCCCCUGAUGCUGCUUUCUUUGCACUUCCUCAGAAUGAGUUUGGCAAGUCAAAACAAGCCAAAUCAAAUAUUCUUCCUGUUCUGAAAAAGAAAGGACCUGGAAGUAUUCAAAAUGCAGCUUCUGCUGUGAGAAGGGGUUCUUAUGACAGUGCAGGUGUUAGCGGCAGUGCUGUCUCUGGUAUUACAACAGAACAGAUGAACAAUUUAGUCUCCAACUUAAACAUGUUGGAACAAGUUGGUGAAAUGAGCCACAUAUUCUUUAGGAGUCAAAAAUUGAACAGUGAGGCUAUGGUGGACUUUGUCAAGGCUUUGUGUAAGGUUUCUAUAGAAGAAUUGAAGUCAACAUCAGAUCCAAGGGUUUUCAGCCUCACAAAGAUUGUUGAGAUUGCACACUACAACAUGAAUCGCAUCAGGCUUGUUUGGUCAAAAAUCUGGCUCGUACUCUCUGAUUUCUUUGUGACCAUUGGCUGUUCCGAAAAUCUUUCAAUUGCCAUAUAUGCAAUGGAUUUAUUACGCCAGUUGUCAAUGAAGUUUUUAGACCGAGAGGAACUGGCUAAUUAUAAUUUUCAGAAUGAGUUCAUGAAACCAUUUGUGAUUGUUAUGCGUAAGAGCAGAGCCGUUGAAAUCAGAGAAUUGAUAAUCAGAUGUGUUUCACAAAUGAUUUUAUCUCGCGUUAACAAUGUGAAGUCGGGAUGGAAGAGCAUGUUCAUGGUAUUUACUACAGCUGCUUAUGAUGAUCAUAAAAACAUUGUUCUGCUGGCUUUUGAAAUAACAGAAAAGAUCGUACGAGAUUACUUCCCAUACAUUACUGAGGCUGAAAGCACAACUUUCACAGAUUGUGUUAAUUGUCUUAUUGCAUUCACUAAUACUAGGUUCAACAAGGAUGUUAGUCUUAAUGCCAUUGCAUUUUUACGUUUUUGUGCGGCUAAACUUGCUGAAGGAGGACUUGGCUCUUCAAGGAACAAGGACAAACAAAGUUCUGGAAAGAUCUCUCCUUCACCACUGAAAGGAAAAGAUAAAAAGAGUGAGAAUGGGGAUUUGACAGACAAGGAUGACCAUGUUUAUUUCUGGUUUCCUUUGUUGGCGGGUAAAUGCUGUAUCUUAAAAGUGUAAUAUUUGUUCUUAAAAGUGAACAAAUUUUUCACUCUUUUCAUAAUUUGAUGCGGAGUACGUAUUGAUUAAAUACUCUCAUUGUGAUUACCAAAUGGCUCAAGUAAAUUUGAGACCGUUGUUGUAGAUAAGUGUUGUAGAUUUGUAGUUGUUGAAAUGGCAAUGCCGGAUAGUAGCACCAAUCAUCAUCACCUAUAACAUCAAACACAGUUGCAUUAGAGAGGAAUUGAAC